AUGGCUUACAACAAGAUCCAGUACCCCCCAGGAUUUGGGCUGAAGGACGUCGUAGCUUGGGGAAGCACUGGUCUCGUUGUCCUUGAUUCGGCCUCGCAAACAGUCAUAAAAACACCCUUUAGCCCAGAGAACGAGAUUCUGAUUCGGAGAGAACAGGAGAUUUACGAGAGGUUAGCUAAACGAGGGAAGCACCCGGGUACGCUAUCAUACUUUGGCGAAGUCAACGGAGGCGGAAUUCGUCUUGAGUUUGCACCGAAACUUGAUCUGCAUUCCUUCCUUCGCCAUCAAAGCGUCAAUCUAGAUCUCGCUCUUGAUUGGAUGAUCCAGCUCGCCGAUGCUCUCGCUUUUAUCCACGACGCAGGAAUCAUCCACGGUGAUCUCACGAGUGCAAACGUAUUCAUAGACGACGGAAUGAAUGUCAGAAUUGCCGAUUUUGCAGGAUCAUCGAUUGACCUAUCGCCGCUCCUUGUCGAAGUCACUACCAGCCAUCAAUACCCAGGAAAUCUCUUGUCACCGCAAGGCGAUAUUUUCGCGUUGGGCUCGAUACUAUACGAAGUCACAGCUGGAAAGAGGCCAUACGUCGGGCUCAGCGAUACUACUAUCCAGUCAAGGUUUCAGAAGGGAGACUUUCCUGAGGUAUCCUCUAUAGGCAGCCUUGGGCAUGUUAUUGUGACCUGUUGGAACGGUGGCUACGAGGAUGGUAAAGCUUUGGUGAACGAUCUUCAAGCGAUUCGAGAGAAUACUCUAGGGUCGUAA